GUACUUGUCAGCUGUUUGCCUGCCCCCCCUAAAUGGAGACAUGUGCCUUUCCCCAUGUUGUUCCCACCCUCCCUCUCCCUCCCCCUGCAUCUGAGUAUUGCUCAGAAGUGGGCGAAAGAGGAAUCCUUCUUUAUGGGUCCCACGAUGUAGUUGCCUGGUUCAGAUUCUGUGCUAUUCUGAGUAAUGUCCCAGGAGGCAAGAUGCUGGGGAUGGCAUGGCCAACACAGAAAUCUGCUGGAAUGUACAGCAGGCUGGAGAGUCAGAAAACACACCUGAAAAGUAUUUGUCUGCAAUACCAUAUGUAUCUUCUUCUGAACAGUCAUUUCUUUUUCCUUUUGAAGAAUAAGACUGGACUGACCAUCUUCUUCCUAUGUGCUUAUAUACCAAACACAGAGGGAGAUCACUGCAAGUGGACAGAAGUUCUGAAAGAUUUGGAGCAGAUCAAGACAUCCAAAGACAUUGAUGUCAGUUUAUAUACAGCAAACACAGAUGAGGAUAAAGAAUGCCAAGAACCUAUAAUGAGAUGCUUUUUCUUAGAGAUGAACGUGAUUCUUCAUGAAUGUAAUAUCAAAAAUUGUAGUAAAACACAGGAUGUAUACAACAUAUUGAAAAAUGGAAAUGCAAGCUUUAAAAAUGAGAUGCUGCCAGAAAGUCUUCCAGACCAGUUUUUGCACAACAUUUGGGACUCUGAUUCAUAUGCUAGAAUUUGAACAGUACAGCUGGACAACAUUUCUGCAAGGAAAAGAUGUUUACUUCAAAAAAUAUUCACUCACAACUGUUGCUGCGACAUAAACAUAUCCAAGAGAGCUCAGAAAUCUAUUCAUGCCAGAGAUCCUUGUUUGCUGUUUCCUCGUUGUAAGCAGAGUUGCAAGACAAAUUAUUUUUUACUUGAAAACAGUUUCUAACAGAGAAAUUUAUUACAUCUUUAGAUAGUCUUUUAAACAACUUAAGUUACAGCUUUAUUUUUAUACUACUGUUAUCUUGUGAAAACUAUUCUUUGGACAAAUGAAUGUCAAAAAAUGUGUAAUGAAGUAGUUUGAAUUUUUCUUAUGUCCCAGGAUAAUACUGUGUGGGGAUACUAGUACACACAUAGAUUACAUUCUCAUGCUUUCUCAGUACUUCAGGGAAAUUUAUUUAUUUAUUUAUUUUCCCCCUGCAUUCCAAAAAGAAUCACUAGAAUUUUCAAGUGUCACUAUGUAAAAAAAUACCACCAACUUAAAGUUAGUCUGAAAUAGCUCUCUGUUAGUUAACCCAGCAAAGUCAGUUCAACAUCAUAAAUCUCGGCUAUGUCUAAAGUGACUAAGAAUUUUACAGAACACAUUCUCUGUAACAUAAAACUAGACUUUCAAAUACAGGGCAGUCUUUCUACAUAACUUUCUUUUCAAGAUUGCUCAAACACUAUCUGAUAUGUACCAUUAGCAAUAAUUUUACAAACAAAUGUACAAACUCAUUCUUUACAAAUAAAACCAACUUUAUGUUUGA